AUGGCGUGUCCUAACAGGAUGGUCUGUUCUGGGUAUUCAUCGUUCAGAACCCAUUUCUCCGGCUCAUUUGAUGCUGAGGGAUUGGCCACUUUUGCUGGUGGCUCAUCGUCCACGUACAUGACCUCCUUACUUGAGUAUAGAAUUGCAACUCCAGUUUCUGUUGGAAAUCCGCAUGCAGCAUGUGGAAUAGAAGUGAUCAUGUUGAAUUCUCUAUGUGACCUUCUUCCGAGCAAUACAUCAUGGCGUGAUGUUGCCGGCAUGACCAUGAAAUUUACUGUGACUGUGCGCGAAUGCUCGCCAUCAGAUAGAGUCACUGGGAAUGCUAUUUGCCCUAACGGGAAUAUAGCUUCAUUACAAAAUCCGACGAGAGGGAAAUCGACCGGCUCCAGACGUGAAUUGUUUGAAAUUCUUGAAGAUGACCAAUGCCUUCCUGAAUAUGAAGUGCAGAAAAUCGCAAAGCAAUUGGUGAGUGCAUUGCACUAUUUGCAUUCCAACCGUAUAAUUCAUCGUGACAUGAAGCCACAGAAUAUCCUGAUUUGUGUAGGGGGUGUCGUUAAGCUAUGUGAUUUUGGUUUUGCACGUGCUAUGUUACAUAAUACAGUUGUUUUACAGACUCAUAAAGACACUCCAUUGUACAUGGCCCCAGAACUUGUACGAGAGAAAUCCUACGACCAUAAUGUUGAUCUGUGGGCUCUUGGGGUUAUUCUGUAA